AGGUGCUUUGGGUGGGUCCCUCAUGUUUAAUGUAUUAUCCUGUUCCCUAUAUCCCGUCGCCGCAUGUUCCUGCAGGGGACUGGAGAAGAGGAGAACACUGUUGUCAUGUCUGGAUGGUUUUACGCAUAACCCUGCGUCAAGUUUCCCACAGCCGCGCGGAGGUUACAGAAGUUUGCAUGAUAUUGUGAGGGGGGGUGGGCUGUCCGCACGCGUGGACUGUCCUGCACUGAACAUCACCCACUGCCGCUGCAGCACCAAGCACCUUGCUGAAAUGGGCGUGUACGGAGAAAGCGGGGAGCACUUGGAAACCAAAGUCAAUUGAGACAGUUCCUCUUCGUAGCCUCACUCAGGGACACUUCCAAACCGCAGUUAUAGAGGUCUACCUCGUGAUGCGUAAAUUGAUUCAUUUUUGCCUCUACCCAAUGUGUUUCUGCAGGAGAGUGAAGAUAAAGUUGAUGGAGUUAAACUCAUUACGUGAGCUCCAAAAACAAACUGGAGGUGAAGCACCCCGAGCUACUAAAAAAAGUUGUCUCUAUUACUUCCAGGGUAAUCAUUUUGCCCUCGGCUUUAAAAAACAUCUCUUUUAAGUACACAAUACCCUGCAGUCUUGUCAACCUCCCUCCCACCACCUUCCCGCGGGCCAUUUAAUUUGAGUGCUUCUAAAGUGUAUUUUCCCUUAAAAAUAUAUAUAUUUUAAAACCAACGUUGCGAGGAGGAUGGAUCCUGGGAAAGUGGGGACGGCGUCUUUGGUCGCCGGCGGCGGAACCGGCGUGAGUGCGAAGGCGCCCAAACAUCUGUGGAGGCAGCAGAACCAGGCAGCGCUCUCUCCGCUCCACCACGCGCUGGUAGUGCGCAAGAACGACCGAGUGAGACAAAGAGGCUUUUCGGACACCGAAAGAUACCUCAACCCGAGGAACAUGGACCGGACUUACGCAGUGGACACAGGGCACCGACCCGGGCUGAAGAAAUCCAGGAUGUCGUGGCCGUCGUCGUUUCAAGGUCUUCGACGGUAA